AUGAUUAAGACUGCCAAAAUCUCAACAUUAAGACUUGCUAUAACCAGAAAUGCUAGAAAUCUAUCUUUCACCACUCUGGUAAGGAGUCCAGAGGUCGACAAUUCUAAAAUAAAAACAUUAGAAGAUCUAACUAGGCUAGAAACCUUGGAAGGUGUCGAUCCUGAGCUUAUUAAGAGGCUGAUAAAUGAAAAGACGCAGGAAUUUAAUACUCAAGAUGAGUUAAAACUUUUAAAAAGCAUGCAAAUGGAACAAGAUAGACUAAACGAAGUACCGCUGAAGAGGUUUACAAGACCACUAUGGAUAUUCAUUUUGAUGGCAUCAACUUUUUACCUAGGUGCCCACUUGGUAUGGUGGAAAUUAGCCUAUGAGAAAAAGGAGGUAGAGCUGAAGCAUAAGGUGGAUUCUUUGGAGACUACAUUGAAAGACGUGAUGAAAGAAAAGGCUACUGGCCCAACACCAUGCAAUAAUAAGAAGUCCUGGUACAAGUUCUGGUAG